CAGGGGCAGACUGACCAUUUGGAAACUCGGGCACUGCUCGAGGGCCUGGGGUCAGUAAGGGGCCCCAUGAAAUGUCCUUGGUACCUUUUUCAUAGGCUUUUUUGAGUUUGGGCAAGGACACAGGGGCCCCAUGAUCCCUUAUUGCCCGGGGGCCCCAUGAGUUGUCAGUCUACCCCUGCACAUGACUGUGCUUUGUAAUGUGUAUGUGAUCCCACUGAAGAGAAUACCACCUCUUAAGAAAAUAAUAGGAGAU